GCGAGCGCGAGCGCGAGCGCCAACCGCCAAGCCGUAGCCGGCAAGCCCAGCACCGGCCUUCUAUAUAGCCUCGUCCCCCUCGUCGGGGCAAAGCCAGCGCCUCUCCCCCAACCACCCCUUCCCCUUCUCUUGCUUUCUUCCACGCGCGCCCUUGCCUCCUUGAGCGCCGCCCUCGACGAGAAGAACACAAGGUGUUCGACCGAUUGCUCGGCCGCCACCCCUCCAGCUCGGUCGUUCGGCAAGGAGAGGAUGGGCGACUGGAACGGCAACGGUAUCCUGCAGUACUGGUUCGCCGACCCGGCGGCGCGCGAGAGUGUCGGGAGCACGUCGACCAGGGCGGCGGGGACGUCUGGCGGCGAGGACGGCAUCGGCUCCACCUCCACGAGCGCGUCCGAGGGCUCGCCCAUCCGAGACCGAGUCAACCGCUGCCAGAACGAACGCCGGAACGCCUGGCUCUCCGCGCUGGUCGCCGAUGAGCCGCGCGUCCGCCUGGCGGGACUGCAGCCCGCCCCGCGCCACGGGGGAGCAGAAACGUACGGCAACUGGGACGCCGGCAGCUCCGCCUCCAGGAGCGCGCUCGAGGUCCCGCGCGUCCGAGCCAACCCCGGCCAGAACGCGCCGCGCUCCGUCCCGGUCGCCGACGAGCCGCUCUUCCGCCCGGCGGGACUUCAGCACGGCGUCGUGUUCGGAGGCAGCAAUCCCCGUCACGGCCUCCCGGGGCAGGCGCAGGACUCGGGAACCAGGCCUCAGCUCCAGAUCGGUGCCAGCGUCGGUGCCAGCGUGCAGCAGCUCCAGCUCCAGAUCACGUGCAUGGAGGAACUACUAGCUGCUGCCGGCAUCCGCCCGGUGGGAGAGCGCGGCGGGGCGGCCGGAGCCGGAGGGCGGCCUGCCGCCCAACUCGGGCUUCUCGGCCUCCAGUGGCCACCACCGCAGGUGCAUCCCCACGAUCAGCGCGCCCCUCGGCCUCAACAACACCCGCAACUUGCUCCACCCGUCGAUGCCAGCGAGCAGCAGCUCCGGCUUCAGCUCAGGCGCAUGGCAGAAGCACUAGGUGAUGCAGGCUUCCGCCCGCGUCCGGUGAGAGAGCGCGGCGGGGCAGCCGGAGGGCGGCCCGCAGCCCAACUCGGGCUUCCCGGCCUCCAGCGGCCACCGCAGGCACAGCCGGUGCCCCACGCCGGCAACGCCCAACUCGGGCUUCUCGGCCUCCAGCGGCCACCGCAGGCACAGCCAGUGCCCCACGCCGGCAACGCCCAAUUCGGGUUUCCCGGCCUCAUCCAGCGGCCACCGCGGGCUCCCGUCAGACUCCAUUACCAGCCCGUAGUGUUCGGCCCCGGCCCCGAUCACGAGCUCGACGACGGCUGGUGCCCGGCUUGCGGUGACUAUCCGGCGCGGCCGCUGCUUCAACCACGGAGGCAUGACUGCGUGUGCGUUGUUUGCCGUUACGUUGACCGCAUCGUGUGCCCGGUGUGCGCCUUCUGGUAGGCGACCGGCUGGCAAGGGGGGGCUUCUACUUCUUGGCCCGCUCAUGCAGUGAACCUUGUUUUCUGUGAGAACGAUUGCGCCUUCUCUGAUGGGCUCCUGUGGAUUUUUGGAACUGAUUAGGCAGUGGUUACGUUUCUGCAGUAAUUGGCUCUUUCUGAUGAUUUCUUAGGCUUCGUUUCAGCAGUAAUUGGCUCUUUCUGAUGGUUUCUUAGGCUUCUAUCAGAGUUAGUACUUGGUUCUAUGUAGUAGCAUUUUGGGUAAUGCAGCGGCUAGCUGUCUUUGAUCCUUGUAAUUGUCUGAUGUGGAUCCUCUGUUUUCACUCGAUCAUCAUCGCCCAAUGCUGGUCUGAAAAAAACAUAGUUUACUGCA